ACAUGGGCGGAGAAUACGACGAUUUUGGCGACGACGACUUUAUGUAGCGCGGCCGGGCCUGGGCAGGUGUCACUGAGCCCGGGGCCAGGCGGGCUGCACGCCACCCCAAUCUAAUAUAGCAGGAGAAAUGUCAUGUAGGCUUGCGGGCAUGGCGGCGUCGGUGCUUCUGUGGGCUGGCCGAGCUGUAGUUGGAAGCUGGCGCGUUGGACUGGCUGUGGUUGACAUUGGAGAUAUCGGUGGGAAGGGCUUAUUGGGGACAUUGGUGAGAAUGGCCCAUAGCCCGCCUUGGGUUGUUGGCUGGUCUGCUGGAUAUCUACAUACGGCCGGUUUCAAUCAAUCGAGGUUGAUCUUGGCCGUUCAUCCUCGGUCUGCCCAUUCCACUCAGUAUGCAAUAGCCAUUACCGCCCCGUGAUCUGCUCGGGUUUCUUCGGUAGCGCUCAUGGCUAUGGUCAUUUUCAGGCACCCCGACCCGUGUUCAUCUGGUUUGGAUCCAUUGAGCUCCGGAAUUUGUCCCA